AUGGCCAAGGAGGGCGAGGAGCAGGCCGUCGCGGCCGACAACGACGCGUCCGACGAGGCGGCGGCGGAGGACAACAAGAACAAGGAUCACAACGACAAGGACAAGAGGAAGGACCAGGAGAACAAGGACAGCAAGGACAAGGGGAAGAAGCCGCCGCCGCCGCUCCCCGUGGUGACGGCGGUGCUCAAGGUCGACAUGCACUGCGACGGCUGCGCCAAGCGCAUCCGCGGCUCCGUCCACCGCUACCCAGGCAAGGCUGAAGCCGCGCCCUUUCCUCUCCCUCCGUCUCUCCGUCUCUCUCUUUCCGAACCAGGUGAUGCUGAUCAUCGGUGCCGCCUGCCAGGUGUGGAGGGCGUGGCGAUGGAGGUGGACAAGGGCACCAUGACGGUGGUGGGCCGCUUCGACGCCAAGAAGCUGCGGAACCGUGUCGCCAAGAAGACCAGGAAGAAGGUCGACCUCGUCGGCAACAACAAUGCCGGCAACAAGGGCGGUGGGGGGAACAACAAAGGAGGAGGCGGCGGCGGCAGCAACCAGCAGAAGGGCGCCAGCGAAGAGGACGGCAAGCCGGAGAAAGAGCACGACGGCGAGAAGGAAGACAAGGGAAAGGGCAAGGAUGAUCACCAGGAGGAGCAUAAGGGGAAGGACAACAAGGGCGGCGGCGGCGGUGGCAAUGGUGGGGGAGGGAAGGGAAAGGGCGGCGGCAAGGACAACAAGAAGCCCACGGUGCAACUGCUGCCAUGCAUGAGAAUGCGGAUGCCGUACUAG